CAAUUCAAGAUUUCGUUUGUGUUGACGUUGUCAAUUUCUAAUGUGAAUUCAGCGGGUCGUCCCCCUCCCCUUUCUACUAUCAUAAAGGCCCCGGAUCCCUUUCUAUGUCCUUAGAAAUUGGAAACAUUGUCAGAUCCUUAAAACGAAAAAGUCCAGACUUUUGUUACCGGUUACGAUACUGGUGGUGGUGGUGCACACAUUGAGGUUAUUUCUCAUACUGGCCAACGAGAGAAGGAUUCAAGAUAAAGGAAAAAUAACCUCUUAUUUUCCUAAUAUCGACGUCCCAACGGAAAAAUCAGUUACCACCCCAACUAUAAAAACACAAGAACAUUUUUUUUGUACUUGGUGUCAAACUGUGAUUAGCAGGUAAGUAGAAAUUGUGCAUCCAAGGGAAUGAGCGAAGUAUCUCCCUUCAAGUUAUUCAGGACUUUCAGUGAUGCAUUUCUUCGCCGCAGUGGAUCGUUCACCUGCCAACACCCUGGAGUUCGAGCUCAAACGCUUCAACCGCCCGCCACCUCCCCAAAACCAGAAGAACAAAAAAGGAGCGAACUUUCUGCUUCCUCUCUAUUGCAGAAGCCAAGCAAACUGUUGGGUCGCGAUCUCUCUGUCACAGCAAUGGAUGAUGAAGAACCUUCUAUGAGCAAGGAUGAGGACGUGUUAGAGAGUUCCAAUGGGAAAGAGGCAGUCACAUAUGAGGGGAACUCGGAUACAGAACCAUUUGUGGGUAUGGAGUUUGAAUAUGAAGAGGCUGCGAAAGUGUUCUAUGAUGCAUAUGCAACACAGGUGGGCUUCAUUAUGCGAGUCGAUGCCUUCCGGAGAUCAAUGCGUGAUGGUAAGGUAGUUUGGCGGAGGCUUGUGUGUAACAAAGAGGGAUUUCGCAUGACGCGAGCCAAAAGAACUGAGAAUAGGAAGCCUCGAGCAAUCACCAGAGAAGGGUGCAAAGCGAUGCUUGUGGUAAAGAAAGACAAAUCAGGAAAAUGGAUCGUAACACGAUUUAUAAAGGAGCAUAACCGUCCACUAGUAGGUACACCUGCAAAUGGUCGCCGCAGUAUGCUUCUGUCUCAAACACCAGACGAAAAAUAUCUGAAAAUUCGGGAGUUGACGGCUGAGUUGCAACGUGAGCGAAAGAUGUCUGCCACCUAUCAAGAACAGCUUGAUAUGGUUUUGAGGCAGAUGGAAGAACAUUCCAAUCACUUGUCGAGAAACAUUGACGGUAUAGUCCAGAGCGUGAAAGAAAUUGAAUCAAAGAGGGUAGCACCUUGAAACGGUUAAAAGGCUACUUGAUUGUUUCAGCUCCUUUCAUACGCUAUUCCCUGUAUUCAAGACCUAAUUUGCAAAUGUGGGUCUGGUCAGUUGGUCAAGGCAGUGUGUCUGUCUCUUGCAUUUGAGUUCAAAUCCCCUCCCCAUAGAUUAGAUAAGAGUAGUUUAGAUUAUCGUCUUGUUAAAAGAAAAACUAUAAAUCUUAGUUUUCGGUGGAGCAGAAACUGAAUUAUCCUGUAGUUUUCGUUCUUUGUUUUUUGUUUUUUUUUUCAGUUGAUUUACCCUUUGGUUGUACAAAUAGCAUACGUAUAAGUAGCAAGUUCUUCUAACUCCAUAAUCUUUUGCGUACUCUAUUAUUUUUCUUU